AUGCAGUACGUUCGGAGCUUAGGGAGCGGCGUCUCCAAAACCUGGAACUCAAUCAACCCGGCGACCUUGUCCGGUGCCAUCGAUGUCAUUGUUAUCGAGCAGACAGAUGGAUCGCUAGCAUGCUCGCCUUUCCACGUCCGCUUCGGCAAGUUCUCUUUACUACGACCUUCGGAUAAGAAAGUUCAAUUCAAAGUCAACGGCGUCGUUCAGCCUUAUGCCAUGAAACUGGGCGACGGAGGUGAAGCUUUCUUUGUCUUCGAGACGUCUAACGACAUCCCCGAGGCAAUGCAGACCUCUCCACUCAUAUCUCCUGCGAACAGUCCCCCUAUCGAUGCGUCUGAUAGACCGCCUUCUCCAGGUCUCUCGGAGCCGUCGUACCUGGACAUCACUGAGACAGGGAAGGGACGUGACACUCCUCCUGUCCCGAUGAUUAGACGAGGAGCAACAAAUCUCAGUGACUCACGCGAAGCUUCCUCGCUGCCGGAUUUCACCACCGACCCCUCUGGGACUCCUUUGGCUGAAUCGGUGCUAGCCACCCCGGGUUUGUUGGAACGAGCAGCCUCGGAGGAGCUACUCCCAAUUGCCACCCGACAGCAGUUGGAUUCUGUUCAAGCUUCCUUCCACGACAACGGCGUUCUCACUCGGCCUCUGUCCAGUCUCGACGGAGCGGCAACUCCAAGAGCGUCCGCAAGCCCACCAGCACUAAGGCCUCAACAAGCUUACGACCGAGCAAUGACCCUUUCCAAGAAACUCUCCUCCUCGAACAUACGAUCUCAAGUCACUGAGUCCGGAGAUCUCAUGCUUGAUAUGACGGGCUACAAAACGACUGAGCCCGAGGCCCUGCGAGCUGAGGCUGUAGCUCGGAAGAUUCUGUCUGAAGAACUUGAAGGCAACUACGAUAUUGGUUCUUUGAUUGGAACCGACGAACACGGUAACUUAUGGAUCUACAGCAGUGAAGAGGCCCGGGAUGCCGCAGCCAGGAGAACCGCGGCUUAUAGCCUGGGGCCGACCACACUUUCGGCAGACAAUGCCUCAGACCCCGGAUAUCACAGCGAUAGCGAUCGAAGUGCUUCUCCACAGCUUACCGCCAAAAACGCUGGCCACCAGAGAGCACAGUCGGAAGAGCUACCAAGUCCUCGGGCGUCGGGAGACCAGACCCGAAACUUUGCAAAGACCCUGCGUCUGACUAGCGACCAGCUCAAAUCUCUCGAGCUCAAGCCCGGCGAAAAUACAAUGUCCUUUACCGUCAACCGAGCCACUUGUACAGCGUGCAUGUAUUUGUGGACGGCUGAUGUGCCAAUUGUUAUAUCCGAUAUCGAUGGCACAAUCACAAAAUCAGACGCCCUCGGCCAUCUGCUCAACAUGGUAGGCAGAGAUUGGACCCACGUAGGGGUCGCGAAGCUCUACUCGGACAUCGUGGCCAAUGGCUACAACAUAUUCUACCUGACAAGCCGAUCUGUUGGCCAAGCCGACACGACGCGGGCAUACCUCAACGGGAUCGUCCAAGAAGGAUGGAAGCUUCCUAAAGGCCCUGUCAUCAUGAGUCCCGACCGGACCAUUGCCGCUUUGCGCCGUGAGAUAUAUCUGAGAAAACCCGAGGUGUUCAAGAUGGCUUGUCUACGAGACAUCCUCAACCUGUUUCCGGGCAAAACGAAUCCGUUCUAUGCUGGGUUUGGCAAUCGGUUCACGGAUGCACUGAGCUAUCGGAGUGUCAAUAUCCCUUCAGCUCGAAUCUUUACAAUCGACACCAAUGGGAAAGUCUCGCUGGAUCUUUUGACGCUGAACAAAUACCGGAGCAGCUACGUAACGAUGCGAGAAUUGGUGGACCAUUUCUUUCCGCCGAUUUCGACGCUGGUCAGAGAGGGAGGCGAAGAGUAUACGGACUUUACUUAUUGGCGAGACACACCGCAAGACCUGGAAGACUUCACGCCGACAGAUUCCGAAGAGGACGAGGACGACGACAUGGAUGAUGACGAGGACGAUGCGGAAAUUGCAUCUGAGAACGGGAUGAACGACAGUUUCAUCUCGAGGGAGAGCAUAGACGACUCGGCGAUGAGCGAGUCGGUGCGCGAGUCCAUUGAAGUAGACAAUGCAGCUGAGCAGCUGGCGGUGUCACGAAUAAGCACGACUGACUCAAUCGAAGAGCAAGACUUUGCGGACGAUUACCUAGGCGAUGACGAAGGACGGAGAUCCAGGCAUUAA